AUGUCCAACGACUUAGACGCGCGUACAGCACGGCUGUGUAGAAUCUUCGACAAUGUCCUACAAGGCAAACAGUCACUAGAUAAUCAAACUAGCUCCCAUUUCCUUCAGGCACUAUGUCUUCAAACAGAUCCCCCUGCCUGCAUCGAUAGGAUACUUGCAAGCAAGUCUGGACUUUCCUCCUUGCAGACUGCCUUUCAAUCCAAUACAACGACCAGCUUCCUCGAUGGUCUCGCCACAGAUGCCCUCAUUUAUCUCCAGAAUCCGGAUAUCAGAACGAUCAGCCGCGGCCAAUUUCUCACAAAGGCUUUAAUGGCCAUCGUUGAUCCCCCAAACUUCUGGGAUGCAUAUGUCGAGGCAUUCAAAGCCAAUCAGCUCUCCCUGAAGGCACAGCAAUGUUUUGCGUGGAUGUUGCAUCAGCUCAUAGUCUUCGGAAGCGACGACGCAUCCCCUUAUGUUCCACUUGGGGAAGAGAUGGUCCCCCUAUUCGCAUCUUCCCCUCAUCUAUGUAUCCGCACCAUGGCUCAAAAAAUCCGUUGUAUGAUCUCCCUCGCAUCCGCCUCUCCUGGUAUCAUUCCUUAUGGCGACGUUCAUCCUGGUGGCCGACAUGACAAUGAUUUUCCAAACUUUCGUCAGAUCUCUAUCCUACCUACGCCUGACGAGAUCGCGUCCACAGAAACGCCCUUUCUUCGCCCCAGCUGGGCACUUGAUGCACUUGAUGACCCUAGUAUGGAAGGUCAUCGGGAGUCGCUGUAUCUAGACAACCAGUUCAGGUUAAUGCGGGAAGACAUGAUCCAUGAAUUGCGGGGAGAGCUCCGGAUCGCACUCGGGAAACAGGCAGGGCGAAAGCAUCGAGGUUUGGUGGUGGAUAGGAUGAAGAUAAUCGGCGUCGACCUAGGUGAUAGCUUUAAGAGGAAGAGUUUCGCGAUCACCUUUCGGUGUGAGGAUGACCUUCCUCAGCUUCGAAGGCUGAACAGUUACGCCGAGCGCAAGGCGUAUCUGAAGAAAAACACCCGGCUGUUGAAGCAUCAGUCGUUGACUUGCUUAAUGGUUGACGAAACUGUUUUAACAUUUCCUUGCGUCCGUCGAGACGAGGAGCUGUUGGCAGAAAACCCGCCGGAGAUUGUGCUAGAAUUUGAGGGAGAAGUACCGAUCACCAGUUUACUGUUGAAGACGAGACCGUCUACUUUGUUCAAGAUCUUGCAGAUUGACACCGCUCUCUUCGCUUACGAGCCUGUCCUGAAUGCUCUGAAACGCAUGCAGGCAUUACCGCUUGCUCGAGAACUGCUGUUCUGGAGGGAGGGUGAUGCUCUGGACAGACCUGACCAUCCCGUCGGUUUGCAUGAAGCCGUCUCCAUAUUGGACAAGAGCACCAGUCGAGACUUGCGUGACGUAAUGCGCUUAGAUAAACCAAUUGUUCUGGACCAGUCGCAGAUGAAUGCCUUACUUUCGGGUUUGACACAAAGGGUGUCUAUUAUACAAGGCCCUCCAGGAACUGGAAAAUCGUUCAUCGGAGCGCUCCUUGCCAAAAUUAUCCACGAUUUCUCCGAUCUGAAAAUACUUGUAGUCUGCUACACCAACCAUGCGUUGGAUCAAUUCCUUGAGGAUCUCCUCGACGUUGGGAUACCCAUUAAAAACAUGGUUCGCAUGGGCGGAAAGCACACACCACGCACAAAGCCAAUGGCUCUUCAAUAUCAGCAAUGCCCAACUCGCUUUACUGGCGAUGACUAUUCUGCCAUUGACCUGUAUAAGCGUGAAAUUGAAAAGUUAUCGAAGACUUUGGAACGUUCCUUCUCUGAGAAUAGGCUGUUGGAAGUCUCGAUUGAAGAUCUGAUGCUCUAUCUGGAACGCAGGCAGCAAGCCUUCCACAGCGCUUUUCAAGUUCCUGCUCCACAAGACGGCAUGACAAUUAUUGAUAAAAAGGGACGUGCAGUCAAUGAAUAUUAUCUUCUUCGUCGAUGGAAGGAGGGUCGUGAUGCAGGUGUGUUUCAGGACAAGCAGAAUAUCCGCGACGCUUCCAAUAUAUGGACCAUGGAUGAGGAAACGCGCCAAAUGCACCUUUCCAAAUGGGAAGACAGAUUGAAGAAACUGGUCAGCGGAAGGCUUUGUCGCCAGAUCCUCCACUACAAUGAUUUAGUCAGUCGGCUGACCCGCAAGUUUCGAGAACGGGAUGCUGCUAUUCUCCGAAGCAGGCAAAUCAUUGGUUGUACGACCACGGCAGCCGCCAAAUACGGCCUCGAUCUACAGGCUGCCGCUCCUGAUGUCGUGCUUGUGGAAGAAGCUGGGGAGGUUCUCGAGAGCCACGUCGUGACGGCCUUAGGGCAGGCGGCGAAGCAACUUAUCUUAAUCGGUGAUCACAAGCAACUUCGUCCUAAGGUGAAUAAUUAUGAGCUCACGGUCGAAAAAGGUGAAGGGUACGACCUCAACCGGUCUUUGUUUGAACGCCUCGUCGUAAAAGGGUACCCGCACCAGACGCUUCAUACCCAGCACCGCAUGCGCCCUGAGAUUUCGGCUCUUGUUCGCUAUUUGACAUACCCCGAUCUUCUUGAUGCUCCCAAAACCCAGGAUCGUCCUCCUAUCCGCGGCCUUCGCGAUAACGUCGUUUUCAUCAAUCACGGUCACCUCGAAGAUUGUUGUCCACAGAUCUCGGAUUGUCAUGACCUGAGCUCAGCGUCUUCAAAGCAAAAUCUAUUCGAGGGCAGGAUGGUACUCAAGAUCGUCAAAUACCUUGCUCAGCAAGGAUAUGGUUCCAGCCAAAUAGUUGUGCUGACUCCAUAUCUUGCUCAACUUCACAAGCUUCAGAGAGAACUCAAGAAUGAGAUGGACCCUGUCUUGAAUGACCUUGAUUCUCAUGAACUCAUACGAGCCGGUCUUCUCACACCGGAAGAGGCAAAUUCACGCAAGCGGUCCUUUCUUCGACUUGCAACCAUCGAUAAUUACCAAGGCGAGGAGAGUGACAUCGUCAUCGUAUCAUUGACUCGAAGCAACCUUGAUCAUGAUAUUGGUUUCAUGUCUGCCCCCGAACGGAUCAACGUCUUGCUCUCUCGAGCUAGAGAUGGUCUGAUCAUGAUCGGCAAUUCAGAUACUUUUACACAGGCGCGGAAAGGAAAAGCGAUUUGGCAACAGCUCUUUGCCAUGUUGAGAGAUAGAGGUCAUAUCUACGACGGAUUGCCGGUCAAGUGUGAACGGCAUCCAUACCGGACUGCGCUAAUCAGCACGGAGUCACAGUUUGAAAAGGAAUGUCCCGAUGGCGGAUGCUUGGAACCAUGUAACGCAAAACUGAAUUGCGGACGACACGUGUGCCCAUCCCUGUGUCAUCGACUCCAGGACCAUUCAAAGAUGCCCUGCCGUCAAAAAGUCACGAGCCAAUGUCAAAAAGGCCAUAUUCAGUCAAAAGAGUGUAGCGAAUACUCCCUUGAGUGUUGUCACAGAUGCGCGAACACCGGCGUCAUACGACAGGAGAAGUUCCCUCGAAAACCGGACAGCGAGUUACGACGUUUUAGUCGACCCUCGUUGGAUAGGAGGACUGCAAGACAGACACCAACCCUGGAUGCUCGACGUCCCUUAUGGCCUGCGGACCUUCCCAAUCCUGGAACGUUAGAAGAGAGAAUCAAAAUUCCCUCCUCACAUCGCAAAGUUCUCUGUCCCCGGAGCAAACCUUUGGGACCAAUUUCUGAAUCAGAUGCCUUAUCGUCUGAUAGCGAUGCUGCUGACUCUACUCCGACAGGAGAAGCGAAGACCAGUCAGAUGAGUUUAGUCGAUGCUAAGAAGAAUAUUGAAUGGGGUGUAGACGAGCUGUUUGUCACUAGGACACUGGCGAAAGCAGAAGAGUAUUUCUCUCUGCUUCCCUCAAAGUUUCAUUGCCUCUUCGUUGAGAAGCUGGUAUUAAAAGCCGCCAAAUCAAAAAGAGCGGAUGCUCAUUUGGUAGCCAAGCUUUUCGCCCACGUCUCCAGCAAGCAUCUUUCUUCUUGCAAAGCUUUCGAGAAGGGGUUUAGCAGAGUUGCUAAACAUAGCGACGAUAUUGUUAUUGAUCAUCCUAUGGCACCGGAGUUAAUGGCCCUCAUGAUACAGGCCCUCGCGUUCGACGACGCCCAUCGAGCUUGA